AAAGUUUAAAACGUAAACGACUAAAAGAAAUAUGAGGUUUGUUCCCUUGAAAAAUUACUAGAGCAGUUGGUGGAUGCAGGGAUUGACACACAAUGUCAAUUGAUUAGUCGAUUGAUUUGUUUAGCGUUGAUGUUGCUCGUUUCAACGGCUACUACGAAUAGAACCUUUUCAACAAUGAAACAUGUGAGAACUGAUUUGCUCAACAAAAUGAGCGAUGUAUUUCUCGCCGAUUGCUCAAGUAUUUUAUUUGAAACAGUGUAUACUAUUGGUAUGGAUGUAGGCUCCAUUAUUGAUGCAUCACUAAAUUAAAAUACCGUCGUGUACAAUUUACAUUGGAAAAAAACUAUAAUCAUUAUGUUAUUUUACUAUUCAAUUUUCUAAUGAAACUCGGCCCGGUGCUCUUCUGUGUUCUGGAUCCGCCGCUGGUGUUUGCCCCUUUUUCCUACUCAUAAUAUGACAAAAGGAAGCUUUCUAGGCUACAAAUGAUGUUAUAUAGAUCUAAUCAUGCUCAAAAUGACAUAAACGCACCUAUAAAUAAAGGGUACAUAAUACUUUUUUGGGUGUUAUCAAUAGCCAAGUAAGAAAUGAGUCUACUCCAUAUAAAAAGAAGAAUUACAGAAGAGAAGCUGAAAGAAAAUAUUGAGGUGAUGGAAUUCGUCUUCUGAUGAAUAAUCUCCAAUCCUAGGCUUGAUUCCCGUACUCCAAUUACGAUGAGAUCCUCCAAAACAGCUCAAAAAAUGAUCCCAAGUUGCUCUCUUUAGAGUUCUCCCUCUUAUUUUAUGUUUGUAAAACUCGGAUCCCGUUCUUAGAAAUUUGCAGACGCCUUUUAAUACCCAUCUGUAGCAAAAUCAUGGUGAGGAAUCACGAAAGUGGUUCUCGUGUUCCUGCUUGUGAUUCUCCAAAACUUGUUGUUUCACUUAUGAUCUUUAGGGGGAUCACGUUCGUGAUUCUUUUGGGAAGUCACCGUCGUGAAUCUCAAACAUUUGCUCAUUAUUCUUGUCUUUUAGAAAUAGGCUGUUUCACAUGCUUAUCUCCGUAUUAUAGAGGGUACAAAUUCAUAAUGCACAAAAUUCCUUAUAAUUUCAAAUAUUUUCAAUACUUAAAGGGAUUAUUUGGAUGAGGAAUAGAAUAGCUGAGUUGCAUCCAAAUAAAUUCAUUGGAUCAAAUUGUUUUGUUUGGCAACACCAAUUGAUGAAGGCGGAAUCCUGAUUAUUAAUUUUGGGCUCCCCCGUACCCCUGACUCUGAGGCGCGAAGCAAAGAAUCUCCAUUGCAAAGAACGCAGGUUGCCUCGUAGCGAAACAGCGAUAUUACGCAAAGGGUUGGAGUGAAAGGGUAUGGCGCAGCCGUCCUCCCCAGGAAAAUUGUCAGUGGACCUCAAAGACUCCAUUGACGAGUUGCUUAAGUUCACUAUUCAAUCGCAUAUUAACGGGAACUCUGGAUUGGAUUUGGGCUUAUCGAUCGACUUCUGCUCUGCCCUUCUCGAUGAUGACGAUGGAACUUCCCCUGCUGUUUCUGGCACGGCCACCAGCAGAGGCAAUCGUCCCCCACAGCCUUUAUACAAGCUCCUUGCAUCAGCUUUAUAUGGAGAUAUCAUUUCUGAAGACUUUAGUGGGGUAUCUCGUGGAGAGGACUCUAAACAGAAUGGUGAAUGGAGUGCACAAAUCGUGGCCGCGGCCACUGAACUGGCAAAUAUUUUCUCGUCUAUAGAGUACGAUCUUCAUGUUCAGGAGCCAUUCUUCACACAGUUAAGAGAUGGAUUGAAAACAGUUGAAGGACGGUGUGCUAGAGGCUUCUACAACCAAAUUCAACCCGGAGCAUUGAUCCUGUUUAAUAAGUGCUUGGUGGUUCGAGUUCAGGGUGUACAGCGAUAUACUUCUUUCUCGGAGAUGCUUGAAGCAGAGGGCCUUGACAAAGUCCUUCCUGGUCUAGAAAGCAUUGAUGAAGGUGCUAAAGUUUAUCGAAGGUUUUAUACAGAAGAUGAGGAAAGGUCCAAUGGUGUGAUUGGUGUUCGCAUUUCAAGAACAGUCAUUCAACCAUGCAAUUACUUGGCUGAAAUUAUCUCCUGUUUGUGCAGCAGCGGCAAGCUCGAGACCCUUGUGAGUUGUUUAGAACCUUUACAGAGUUAGUGUUGCUUCCACCAAGGCUGAGUGUAAAAGGAGUGCAAAAAUUGUGGUCGAAGAAAUGUACGGCGCCGUAACUUCAGGCUUCUGCAAAAAAUGAGUCUGCAGCAGUUCUAUGAUGUGCCAACCCAAAGCCCUUCUUACAUGUCUUGUUUCUCACGUCGAACCAGAAAUGGAAAGAGCUGGAACUAAAUUCCAGCUUCCGAGACAGAUCAAGAAACUAAAACUUGCCGCAAUAGUAAUACCUUUCGUAUGGUUCUUCUUAAUCCUAUCCUUCUCUUUUCCCAUCCCAUGGUGAUUGUCUCUUCUUCAAUAUCAAUGACGAUCCAGUGUGGCUACCCUGUAUGUUCUCCUGGAUUUGAUAAUAGAACGAGGAUCUUUCAGUUUGAUUCAAUUGAACAACCAAUACGUUCGUGAAAUGCAUCUAUUUGGAACAACUGGGGACUGAGUUUACUAAAUGUCUUUCUCGUGG